GGAAAAAGAGAGCAGCGGGUCCAGAGAGAGUUGGGAAAUAAAUUUUUCAAGCGAGAUCCCGAUUUCUUCUCGUCUGCUCUCCAAUCCCUCGGAGCUCUUGAUGCUUCCCUUCCCCGUGCUCGUGCCCAUGGAGCUCUGAAGGCUGACGACGUUGUAGGGGCCAAGGAGAGGGGCCUAUCGAUGCCCAUGAACGCCGCCGCCAAGACCAAGACCUCUGAAGCGAUGGAUCUCGACGCGUCGUGCUCCAUCUGUUUGGAGCUCGUGCAGGAUCGCGGGGAGAGAUCCAUCGCUAAGCUUCAAUGCGGGCAUGAAUUUCAUCUUGAUUGUAUUGGCUCUGCAUUCAAUGUAAAAGGAGCAAUGCAGUGCCCAAAUUGCCGGAAAGUUGAGAAGGGCCGGUGGCUUUAUGCUACUGGUAAUCGUUCAUCGGCUGAGUUUGAUUUUGAAGGAUUAACAGUUGGGGAGAUCCUUGGUUUGUAUUCCUCGGAGCUGCCAUUUGGGAUACAGUGGUGUCCGUUUCGUGGAUUCCCACAACUAGCAUCACUGUUUGAGGAAGGAGAACUCCAGCCAAGUUCUUAUCAUGAGCUAAUGGGUAACAUUGGAUUUGGAGACCAUUCAAGUGCAUCCAGUAGUACCCAAGUGUGUCCGUACUUAGCUAUGCAUGGGUUUCCUCAUUCUAUGCACACUGCACCGAGCACCGCUGAUGUGGUUCCUGAUAAUGGUCGGUUUCAUCGGCUUGCAACUAGCUUGGGAGGGCAGUCCUCUGCUGAGAUAAUGAACUCGCACAGCUAUUCAGCUAUAGAGGCACAAAAUCACAGCUGGCAACAACAGCCAUCACUUACCUUCUCUAUCUCUGCAAAUGUAGAUCAACCUCCCUCUCAAUUAGGUUUAAGAUUGCCCCGAAAUGAUCCUGGAGGCCAGCAGGGUGUAGGUUCUUUCAUUCACCCUCGCCCUUUUCUACAUGGGUCUGCAGCACGCAAUGCAAGCAAUAUGGGCACACAGCUUGGCCCACCUGUCAUGGGUGAUGCGAGGGCUCACACGCGUGCCCAUGGUGGUCAUAUCUAUCAGCAGUCUGUGCCAUCUUCAGCAGUCCGAGGUUCGCCAUUUCCUCCUGUCAGGAGGACAAGACCAAGGGGGUUGGCUCUGACAGUAGCACCCCCAUCCUCAGCUGAACCAAGUGCAGGUUUUUACGGUUUUUCUGUUUCUGGAUCCGUUAGCAGGAGCGUCCAAGAUGGCGAGAACAUUGGCAGGCAUUUUGAUCGGACAUUUGGAUGGGGUCGAGACAGCUUCCCUCCACUGCCAUGGAUUCCUCUCGAGACGGAAUCACAGUGGUGGGGCCCCUUCAACCCUCCAAACCCAAACGCUCAGCCGGGAGCUACAGAUUCAGUGACAAGGAACUUCUUCCCUCAGAGACCAACAAGCGAGAGAGCCACUCAAAGCCGUCAAGACAACGGAUAUCAGCGAAUUCCUCCGCCAGCAAUGCCACCAUUCAUGUGAGAAGCUCUAGAGCUUCUCGCCAUGCUUCUACUAUGUUUCCUGCUAUAUUGUGUUUGAUUUCCUUUGUAUAUCCCCAUACUGCAUAAAAGCUGCAUGUUUUGGACAUGGGACUUGCUGUUUGCGGAGAGUGGUCCAGAAUUGUUUCUUGUUUUUUUAUUCCAUCUUGAAGCAGCCCUUUAUAUGCCUCUGGGCUGUGAAUUUAUUACAUUAAAUUCUCCUUUGCAUGUUUAAUAUAUAAAUUGCAAAACUAAGCUUGAACAGGUCCUGCUUGUUUA